AUCUCUGUGCGCAAUUGUUACAUUCGUUACUAGAUUGUAUAACAUUGCUUUGGCGCCAAAUUAAUUGACAAUAAUUAUUACAGACGUCUUCAUAUCGUGCGCACGUGUUUUUUUUUUAUUUGUUUUUUUUUUAUUUGGUUACGGUAAAAGAAAGAAAUAGUGUUGUGAAGUAGUGAAUAUGCAAUUUUAUUUAAUUAGUGAAUAUUAAUUUAAAAUUUUUAAUUUAACUUAUUGAUUCUUCAAAUAGACAUUCUUACAUUGUGAUAAUUAAUUAAAUAAAAUUAAAUGGGUGAAAAUAAGAAUAAAAAAGAUGUACCGCAUAAAGUUUACGAGUUAUGGGAAGUUAUGGAGAAGCUUGGAAAAUAUCAGAUAAUGCAAUACGUCUACGUAUGCUUCGGCACCAUAUUUGUGACAAUUAUGAACAUUAACUAUAUAUUUCUUGCUGGUGAUCUCAACUACAGAUGUCGAAUACCAGAAUGUGAAAGCAUAAAUGCUACAUUUGAAAGCCCACCGUGGGAGUCGGGCCUGUCCAUAGACAGAUGCUCGAAGCCUAUUUUGAAUAAAAACUUUUCGCAGGCUCAGACGUGCACAGCCGACAGUUUCUCUAGUUUAGUAGAGCCAUGCAUGGCGUGGGUAUACGAAAGCAAUAAUACUAUAGUAGCAGAUUUAGACCUGGCAUGCCAACCACUGAAAGUCAGUCUUGUGGGCACGAUACACAGUAUCGGCAUGCUGGUCUCAAUGCUUACAGCUGGAUGGCUGGCUGAUAGAUAUGGACGUAAACCAGCUUUAGUUUUUUGCGUGGUGGGAACAUGCGUGGGACAUGUGAAGACGUUCGCCAAAUCGUAUUAUUUGUACGUUGCUAUAGACUGGCUUGAAGCGGCUCUUUCGGGAGGCGCUUACCCCGCCGGUAUGGUGCUCAUGUUAGAAAUUAGCGGAAAGAAACAUAGACUUCUCUCUUCAGUAUUAUUUGCGUAUGCAAUUUAUCUUGGAGAGUCGCUUUUCGCCGUUCUCGCCAUGUUUGUCCCAUAUUGGAAAACUCUGGCGCGGAUCAUAUACACACCUGGGAUACUCUGUCUCUCUCUAAUUUGGCUUAUUACAGAGAGUCCACGAUGGCAGUUACUGAACGGUAAAACUGAUAAGGCAAUUGAAACAUUACGAUUCACUGCGAAGGUGAAUAAUAUGAAAAUCAACGAUGUAAUAACGGAAUUGGAUGGAGAAAAAUUGAAAACUAAAUUAAAUAUUGGAAAGAGUGUUGCAACAGAAAGUUAUAAAAAGAUUUUUUCAUCAAAACAUAUAUUAAUAAGACUUCUGGUGGGUGUAGUUAGUCGUUUUACUGCAAGUUUUGUGUAUUACGGUCUUAUGGUAAACUCGGUGUGGUUGCCUGGGAACAAAUAUACGAACUUUUUGUUGUCCACGGUGAUGUCCUUUCCAGGCGAACUUAUAUCUUUGUAUUUAAUGAAUAAAAUUGGAAGAAAACUGCCACUUAUAGUUGGAUUUACCAUUUGUGGCAUGCUAUGUAUAGGGUCUGGAUAUGUGCCUGCAACUAUAGUUUGGUUGAAGAUAACUCUUUUCUUAUUGGGCAAAGUGAUGAUAGCUUCGUGCUAUACUGGAUCAGUUACCUAUAGCAUGGAGCUCUUCCCCACCAACGCUAGAGGAGCCCUGCUCGGAGUCUGCGCCUUCGCAUCUAUUCUGGGAAACAUGCUUGCUCCCUUAACACCCAUGCUGUAUACCAUAUCAGGGUCUUUGCCCGCGAUACUGUUCGGAAUAUCUGCUGUGGUGACAGCCUCACUUAUAACCCUCACGCCGGAGACCAAGGAACUGCCGUUGUUCGACACAGUGGAACAGGUGGAAGCCAGCAUGAAGACCAAGCCCCGACAGAUUGAGAAGGAGACAACGAUCUCUGCGAUUGCUUAAAGAUUAUCGUAAGGGAGCUAUUAGAGUAUUAUAUUUAGCUAAAAAAAAUAUUGAAGAGUAAGAAUAAGGAUUGCCUUAUAGAUAAUUUAUCAAUAUAAUUAUUUACGUAUUUUUUUCCAUUCAGUAAUUACUUCAGUGAAAAUAAAAAAAUACCAGUUUUUUUUUUAUUAUCCUAGUCUGAUAAUAUUUCUAUUACUUAUACUGUAAUGUUCUUGUGUAAUACCACUAUACCACUGAGGUGGCAAACAAGCGUACGACCCACUUGAUGAUAAGCGGUUGCUAUAACCUAUGAACGGCUGCAAUACCAGAGACGUUACGGGCGCGUUGCCCACCCUGAAGAAACAUCUUUACCCCUUUUCUGAAUAACCCUAUGCUAUCUUUUGAAAAAAAAAACCUCGACAGGGAUCUCAUUCCUUAACAUUAGCAUUCGUGGGAGAAAGCAUCUCUGAAAUCGCGCUGUACGCGACUAUCUAGGCUCUAAGAUAUGGAGGUGAACUCCCUGCCUCCAUUACUGUUAUUGUCUUAAAUAAUGUAAUUUUAAACAUCCAUAUGGAUCCUGUGAUGGUUUUUGUAAUCUUUUCUGUUUGCAAAACAUUAGUGAUGUACAGAAAUAAAGAAUUUUGGAAAUAAAAA